AUGGAGCUGUACAUCAUUCGAAUGUACUCUUCAUCCCCACCACCACUUGACAAUGGAGCUGAGGAUGAUGAUGACGAUGAAUUUGGGGAAUUUGGUGGAUUUUCAGAAGUUAGCCCUUCUGGUGUAGCGUUUGUUGAUUUUGAUACACCAGAUUAUCUACCCAAGGAAGAGUUUGUACCUUCAAACCAUUUUAUGCCAAUUCAUGAUUUCUCAGAAAAUGUAGAUAGCCUUACAAGCUUUAAAUCCAUUAAAAAGGGUAACGAUAAGGACAUCACUGCUUGCCUUGCCACUCCUGUGAAAGGACAGUCUGAUGUUUUACUUUCUACCACCAGCAAAGAAAUCAUUUCAUCUAAAAUCUUAGCUACUUCUGUUGAUGGCAUGGAAGGGCCAGUAGAUUUAAACCAAGUAUCAGAGCAGAGACAAAAUGUUGCAAUACUGGAAAGUUUCUCUCUGGGAGAUUUUAGAACUGAUGUGAAUGUUGUUCUUCAAAAUAAGCAGUUAGAGAACUGCAAUGGUGAAAAGCCUCCUUGUCUGGAGAUUCUCACAAAUGAGUUUGCGGUGUUAGAAACUGUAAAUCCUCAGGGAACAGAUGAUCUGGACAAUGUAGCCAAUUCAAAGGGAUGGAAGCCUCUUAGCACUCAAAGCACUGAGUAUAAUUUAGACUCUGCACCCAGUCUUGUUGAGGAAUUUGCAGAUUUUGCCACAUUUUCCAAAAAGGAAAGGAUACAACUAGAAGAAAUAGGAUGUGUGGUUUUAAAUGAUAGAGAAUCACUAGCCAUUCAGGAAAACAAUAAAAUUAAUAGAGUCAAUGAACUGAAUUCUGUAUAAAAAGUGUCUUUGGAUAGAAACUUUGACAGCAAAGGAGAGGCUGAUGGAGAAUAUCAGGUUUGUGUUUCAGAAAUAGGCCUAGCGACUGACCGAAGCUUCGAUGUUGGAAAACAAGGCCUUCCAGGACUGCAACAGGAUGAAUUUUUAAAUUCAAGUGCUCAAUCAAAGGCUUGGGGUUUGGUAGACUCAGUUGAUAAUUCAGAAGCCAUUAGGAGAGAACAAUGUGAAACUGAGGGGAAACUUGAUUUUUUUAAUUCUAAAUGUGCUGACCUAUGCAUGGAUUCUAUUAAAACUUCAGAUGUUGAUGAUGAAGUUGGUUCUUCCAAAGAAGAAAGUAGAAAAUUUACUGAUCCCCAAAGCCAAAAUGUGGAUUCCACAGAAGAGAAUGCUUUGGAAGAUUCUGUAAGUGUGAAAAACGGUGAUAGUAGUAAUGAAUUUGUGACUUGCAAUGAAACCAAUGAGGAUGAUUUUGGUGACUUUGGCACAGCCAGUGGCACAACUCCCCCUUUUGUUACUGGCACUCAAGAUUCAAUGAGUGACGUCACGUUCGAAGAGUCUUCAGAGCACUUUCCACAUUUUAGUGAACCAAGUGAUGGCUUUGGAGAAUUUGGGGAUAUGAAUGUGCUUCCUUGCCCUGAGGAAAUGGUAUUCACUGAGUCAGACCUAAAACCAACACCGGAGAGCUUAUCAGAGGGAUGUCAGCUGGCAAGAAAGUCUAGUGGAACAGGCACUGAAUCUGUUACAAAACUGAAAAAUGGGCAAGAAGGUGAGUUUGGAGAUUUUGAUUCUGUGCCAAAUAUUCAAGACGACUGCAGUGCUUUUCAAGACUCUGAUGAUUUUGCAGACUUCAGUUCAGCUGAUCCUAGCCAAGUUGUAGAUUGGAAUGCUUUUGAAGAUGAACAAAAAGAUAGCUGUUCUUGGGCAGCAUUUGGAGACCCUUGGCAGUCACAUAGGACAGAUGAAAAUGUGGCUACUCCAGGAACCCCUAAAAUGCACAGUAUCCCUUUAGCAACUUCCAGAGGAGCAGUUGCUGGUGGCCAUGCACAGGAAUCAGCCACUUCAGUUCAGACAGCUUUACUAAACCGCCUGGAGCGAAUUUUUGAAGCAUGUUUUCCUUCCAUAUUUGUUCCUGAUGCUGAAGAGGAAGUUGUUUUCCUGAAGCACUUGCUAGAAACAAGCACCUUGCCAAUAAAAACAAGAGAGGUCUUAGCUGAGAGUGGGGAACUGCUAGAUGUUUGGACGGAGCUACAGGAUAUCCGUGAUGCACAUGGCUUGAGAUAUCAGUGAGGUGGUUCCCAUAACAACAAGAAGCUUUUGUGCUCUUUGGGAAUAGACACCCGAAACAUUCUCUUCACCGGCAAUAAGAAGCAGCCUGUCAUAGUACCCAUGUAUGCAGCAGGACUGGGUAUGUUAGAGCCCACCAAGGAACCAUUAAAACCAUUAUCUGCUGCAGAAAAAAUCGCUUCCAUUGUUCAGACAGCCACCACGUCAUCAGAGAUGAAAACGUGUGCAUCUGAUCAGUUCCAGGAGUCUCUACCACCCGUCCAGUUUGACUGGAGUAGCAGUGGCCUUACUAACCCUUUAGAUGGUGUGGAUCCAGAAUUGUAUGAGUUAACAACUUCUAAGCUGGAAAUCUCAACCUCAAGCCUCAAUGUGACUGACGCGUUUGCAAGACUCAUGUCCACCGUGGAGAAGACCAGCACAUCUACCAGGAAACCGAAAAGAGAAGAGCAUCUG